AAAACCAGUAUCUCAUUUACAUUUUGUUUCCUAUAUUAUAUCAACAUUUGCAUCAUCAUCAUCAUGAAAUCAGUGUCGCUCAUAGUCAUUCUUCUCAUCGCAUCCUCUCUUUCACCUCAAACCGUAACAUCAUUCUCCUUAUUUCCGUUUCCGUUUCCCCUUCCCAUUCCAUUUUCGCUCCCUUCUAUAUUUGGUGGAAUAAUCGGUAGAGAUAAUCACAGCGAGCUAGCUAGGAGGUGCUUCCCUGACCUAGGAGACGGAGAGGCCUGCAUGGCUGAGAUAUUCGGGUCAUUCUUCAACCGUCAGAUAACUAUAGGACCAGAAUGUUGCAAGGCCAUUGUUGAGAUCGAUGAAGACUGUACACAAGCCGUUUUUAAACAGUUCAGCGAUUCUUUAUUUACUAGUUCCGUAAAGCAGUUUUGCUCUUACACCAAUAGCUGAUGCAAACUUUGUUUAGGAUAAUUUUUUGGACUUUUUGGUCUAUAAAAGGUUAAAUUUAGACUUAUAGUUCUGUUUUUGAGUUUAUUUCUGUGAUUUCUUGUUUUGGAUUAUUAUUUUUAAUUAUAAAACACUGCUGUUCUUUUUCCUAAACAUCUUAUAAAAGGACACAUUCUAAGACGAAGGCGGUACCAUACUCUAUA